AUGGCCGUCCACUGCAACAACAGCAACUCGAGCAGUCAGUACCCAUCCGUCUGCUGUGUCUACAACUCAGAGUCCCAGCCUCUGCUCGGUCACCACACCGGUCAUCAUGCUUCUGGUAGUUCUCAGCAUCAGCAUCAGGCCCCAUCACCGCCAGCGUAUUAUGUCGAUAUGAGCGGCGAUAACAAGGGUGGUCACUGCACCUCUUCACAUGCCCCCCUCCAGCAACAAUGCCACUGCCAGCAACACUACCACAACCACCACAACAGCGACAACCAAAGCGACUGCUCCAGGAGCCCCAGACAGAGGGACACCCGAUGCACUGGCAUCCUCGUCGGCUUGUUCAUUGUCUUUUUCAUCAUGUUUGCCUCAUCCAUUAACCCUGGCCCAUUUCGACGCUCUGGACCCUGGAACGCCGCUUCAGGAAGCACCACUGCCAACCCCAACGGACUGGAUUUGCUCUCAAAUGACAGUAACAACCUCAACUUUGACCGGUGCCGCGAUAACGCCAUCGACUGGGACGGACCCUCGACCUUCACGACUGAGGUCAAGAACUUCCGACUCAAGAUUGGACAGGGAAAUAUCUUUUCGCGUGUCAAUAUCUCGACUGGUCCUGUUGCGGUCCCUACGCUUCAUAUCCUUGGUGAGGUCACGCCUUAUGAGGAUGACGUGAAGAACAACAAGCCUGCUGCUUCUCACGGAGAGAAGAUCGAUAUUGAUUACUUGGGACUCCAUGUAGAGAUCGUCGAGUUGGACAACCAGUUCGAUGCCCAGGUUUGGUACCAUAACCGGGAAGUCGUCGACCCCCGCGACGGACAACACUACCGCGCCUGUGCUAGACUCUACUUUGAAGUCAUCCUCCCCGAGUCCUUCACCUCCUAUGGCUCCAUCACCAUCGACGGCCCUGUCGUCGUCAUCAACGCUCAGGAUCUGGAAAAUGUCAAAUUUGACCGUCUCCAUUUCGGCUCCACUGUUGGCGAGAUCUCGACCCGCGGCCGUAUCCAGUCCGAUAUCUUUGACGCCAAAUCCAACACUGGCCGCGUUCGCGCAGACGCAAUCCAGGUCGCUACUGCCGGCAAGCCCCUCGACAUCCAAGUCUCUUCGGUCACCGGCAGCAUUCAAUUGACUGCCGAGACCACCGAUGUCGAUGCUUCACAAGAGAACCCCCACAAGGUCCACGUCUCUACCAACACCGGCCGCACCCAACUCACCGUCCAACCUUCCACCUCCUCCUCCUCCACCAUCGGCACCAAACACGGAAACCUGGACAUCUCAACCACCGCCGUCACAGGAUCGAUCGACACCACCACCAUCCUCGCCUCUCAGGACCAGAUCCUCACCCUGACCUCAAAGACCAACACCGGCUCUAUCCGCAACCACAUCUCGGACGCCUUCUUGGGACACUUCGCGCUCUCGACAAAGUGGGGCUCUACCCGUGUGGAGCCAGCCAAGGACUCCAAGAGCACGAUUACCUACGAUAAGUUGAAUGCUCGUGAGAAGAUUGGCACCAAGUCGCUGGAGGGUACUGAGGGUGUUGCGGGAUUGAUCGAGAUUCGCACCGUUACUGGCAGCACUGCCCUCGAGUUCACCAACUAA